GAACGGCGAGAUACUGUAUUACUCGGUCAGUCGGUCUGGAGGUACGACAUCAACAUAACGUUUUUUGUUCAAGGAGUGCAUAGUGCUUCCUCUUUUCCCACCCUCCGGCAUCGCGAGCGCACUUCCAACUACCCCCACCCACCCACCACCACCACCACCACCACCACCACCUUCUCCAGCCCCUUGUUGUUGUUGUCUUCUUCUUCUUCUUCAGCGUGAUCGCCGCUGUGAUCGCGUUUGUUGUCGUUCGCCGGUUUGGAUCUCGUUACCACCCCCCCUCUCGUAAUCCAAAUCAUCCCCUCUCAACCCUUCACACCCACCCUCUCACCUGCCAAUCCCCUAGGCCUCCCUUCCUAGCGGUAGCUUCCUAGUGGAUGCUGCUAUACGGAUCGUGCGCGUUAGACGGACACACACGCACGCACAACCACGCACACACGGCCAUGGGGUGGGACCCCCUGCACCCCCUGCUGUAGCAGUAGCUAGCGUUAGGAUAGGACUAAGAAUGGAUUGUGGCAUUUCGCGAAUCGGAAAAGUGAAAACUCGUUGAUUAGAACGCCAACGCCAAAAGGCUAUCGAAACAUUUUCGCGACGGGGAAAAACAACGUUUUGUGAAUCGUGUAUGUGUAUGUUUGUUGUGUACGCGAGUUCCUGGCAGUGAACGCUUUCAGUGCCCGCAAAUUUCAUCUCGUCGAAAAUUCCGUCCUCGUCGCCAUUUGCGUCGUGUGUUUUGCAGACAGCAAAACAGCAGCAACACCAACAACAACAACAACAACCGCCGGUAGUUGGCAUACAAAAUGCCACAUUAUCGUCCGCGCUCCGCUGGGAUGGAAAAUAUGGAAAAACCUCGCACCGUCCGCCGCCGGACGUUAGUGGAGUGAAAAUUGUGUGGAAAAACGGCACCGGGGCGGCCGGGCGGCAUAAAAAAGCCAUCAAAAUCGUUUUGAAAACGCAACGCAACAGUUUCGCCGCCGGCAGAUUGCCGCUGCCGCUGCUGCUGCUGCUGUAUGUAGUGUACGAAGGAGAGAAAGAGGAAGUGUUGUUGUGCUUUUCUUGGGUGCCGUUUCGAUGCGUGUGUGUACGAGUGUGUGUGCGUGCGUGUGUGAAGACCAGAAUAUGAAUAUUAAUGCAAAUGAGAAAGAAAAGCGUCGACGACGCUACUGAUACAUUGUUUUCCCAGUGAUCGAAAUUAAAGAUAUCAACGGGAAGCCGCGGGGCGUUGUGUCCGGCGUUUACUCUUUUCACUCUCUUUGUGGACCGACGAUCCGCCAGGUUGAAGAAACACACAAACACGCACACGCACACAUUUCCCGUUUCCUACAAUUAAAAAGUGUGCUCAAAAUGUGCGUUUCGUCGAUGUGUUUGUGUGUGUGUAUGCGUAAGUGUGUAGCAACAACAACGCGGAUUCGUGGGGCCAUUCGUCAAGGCUUAACAUAAACAAACCAUUCACUAGCAAUACCAGCAGCAACACCAGCAGCUGUGAAGGCACUUGCCCGAAACAAAGCGAACCGCGAUCCUCACACAAACGGGCGCCCGGUUCUCUAACUGCUCCACUGUCCAUUGGGCAAGCGGACUCCCCAGCAUCCAUCUUCCACAAAGUGCGGUCACAAAGGGGAGAAGACGCAGCCUGCAACCGACGUUCGGUGCCGGCCUCCGGCGUCCCUCGAAAGAAAGUGAUCGAUGAGCUUCGUUGUUGUUUGUUAAUUUCGUUUCUGUUUUUUUUUCUCUCUAUAUAUUUUAGUUUUUAGACAUAGAGAGCUAGAGAGGGAGAGAGAUAGAGAGAAACAAAGGGAGAGAGAGAAAGAGAGAGGAGAAGUGUGCAAUUAUCGUUGAUUUUUUGUUGUUGUUUUCCGGCUAGUUAACGGUUAUAAAAAUUCCAAAAAAGUGAGAUCUCACGUCGUCCUCGUCGUCGAUCGAUCGGUCGGUUGGUUGGUUGCCGUUUUGCCGGGUGCCCGGUGUGCCCGAGAGUGUGACAAAAGCCGCAUGCGUCGUACGUACGGUUCGUAGAUAACAAACGCCCCGUAAAGCCCAUUAGAGUGAGGGAACGGAUGACGGAUGAAGUCAUUUGUUCGAGUUUCACCGUGUGGUUUGCCGCCGAUGCUGCCGAUGCUGCCGUUGCCGUGCCCCCGUCACUGCGACUCCGUGCGGCCAAAUUGAUGAUGGUUUAGGUGACCGGGAGAGGGGGUUUUGCGAACCGACAAACCGCCAACACGCCAACACGGUGCGGUGGAAUCUGCGAAAGCUGGGCUCUGGAUUAAGGCACCACCUCCCCCUCGGCACCUCGGCAGUGGACAGUGAAACAAGUUGAUCAAGCCGCAACCUCGCCAAGUGACCGAGUAAGGAGGGAAGGAGAGAAGAGUGACCCCUUGAAGUGUGGUGCGAAUUUCAUACCAAAUCCGAUUAGGCCAUGCAUGCCAUUACGCUCCGCUUCGAUCGGCCUAGGCAGGCCGUGGAAAGAUAACGCGAUCGAAAGCAACAAGCGAAACAGCGCUGCUCAUCCGGG